AUGUACUGUGUUACUGUGUUCAUAUUAGCCGGGAAAUACGACUGCACGUUGGAGAACACCGCUCACGUCUAUCUCACCACUGUAGCAGAAUCUGAAGAUGUGCUCCCAGAUCCAAAUGUUAUGGAGGCGAAGUACUCCGAAAAUGACACAUCUGUCUUUGAUGCAGCAAAGUUCGCUCGUCAAGCAGCGGUGUCUUGGUCGGACAAAUACGAUGAGAUGAGAUCAAGGAAGAAAUUUGGUUGUAACUCCAAUGACGAUAAUGCGGAACACAGUGUCAUGUGUCUUUUCACCUGA